AUGCAGGAGUUCUUGAGUAUGCCUCAAUAUUCAAGACAGACCAUUAUGCAGAAGCUGGGUGAGGAGAAACCCCCUGUGCACUGGGAUAGGUAUGUAUGGAACAGGCUCAGCAUCAAUAAAUGUAAAUUCAUCAACUGGCUGGUGAUGAGAGGAAGACUCCACACUGCAGAUAAGAGCAGAAUGUAUGACCCUAAUGCUACAUCAGUAUGUUUCUUGUGUGGAUUGUAUGAUGAGACACAAGAACAUUUGCUGUUCAAGUGCUGCUAUAGUCAACAAGUUUUGACAGAUAUUAAAAGAUGGAUGGGUAUGGAAUACUCUGGGGAUGAGAUUCAGGGGGUCAUUAGGUCUAUAUCCAGAAGUAGACGUUCUAAAUUCCAGAAGAAUGCUUGUAAUGCAGCUCUAGCAGGUGCAGUUUAUAGUAUUUGGAUGGCAAGAAAUGACAGUAAAUGGAAUCUGAAAGUUCCUAGGAUACAGUGUUUAGUUAAAAUGUUAAAAGACAAUGUUAGAAGGAGAAUAUUUCUUGUAAUGCCUAAAAAGGUUUCUAGGAGUGAUAGAAGCUGGUUUAACACUUUAUAA